AUGGGUCAGGACGUUACCCCGAGAGCUCCCCAGCGCCGAAAAGCACCCGCAGCGGGAGCUCGUCCAAACUUCCCCGUCCCUGGGCAGAACCCAGAAGGGGGUUUCCUCCGGCCUAGGGCCGGGCACAGCGUCCCCAAGGCACGGCCGCUUCCUCCGGCGGAGCCGUCCGUCAGCCCGCACAGCCCGACCCGGCAGGCUGCGGGGCGCUCCCCAGGGCGAGGCGGAAGGAGGCGGCCGGACGGGAGGGAAGCGGCCCGCGGCACCGCCACAAAGUCCCGAGGAAGGGGAGCGCCGGGGGAAGCACUGCAGCUCGGGGAGAGAGAAAGGAGAACGACGCAGCGGAGAAAGGAAGCGACUGCCGCCUCGGCCUCCCAUGGACACCUGAAAGGAGCAGUCUGCGAUAAAACCCAUCGCACGGAACGCGCGGCUCUCGGCUCCCCAGGAAAGUUGCGCAGAAGUGCGUGUGGGAAACCGCACAGCGGGGAGCGCACCUCGGGCGCGGACGGCGCCGUUCACGAAGAACCGGAGGGGAGAGCUGCGAGAACAGAGCACGGCAGAGCCUCCCUUCCCCAAACUGCGCUUAAACUGCGUGAGCGACCAAAAGGCGCGGGCAGCUACAGGGGAGGAGAAAAUACCUCCGUUAUUCUGAGCGGCUGUGUUAGUUCUUAAACCAUCAUCUUCACCACAGCCAUCUUUACCAUCGGAGAGAGACGCUUAACAGCCACAAUAAAACGGCUCUGACACCCCCACAA